AGUUAUGUUGAUUAUUGCGUUGCUUAUUCAUGUGGGAAACAGAAUCAAGUAACUCAAGCUCGUCUACAUCAUUCCCAAUCGAACCUCUACAAGAGUCUUUGUAGUUGUAGUAAUUCUUUGCAAUCUAUAGAGAAAGGAAGAUUGUGCUGACCUUGGCCGUUUUGUCACCAAAAUAAUUUGCAGGAGCGCUGCAAAACAACAUAAUAGAUGCCCUUUUCUGAUACAUCUUCGAGCGUCUCGAGCGCUGACUAUGACAGGAAAGACAGAGGGCGUGAAAGACGUCGCAAGAAGGACCGUAAAUUGAACCGCAGGAGCGACAACAGCGAUGACGAACGUAGGCAUCGUCGUCGUACCAGCAGCAGAACUGAGAAGAAAAUGAAGAAACGUCGAAAAAAGAGCAGCAAAGAGAAGAGAAAAAAAGACCGAAAACGACACCCGGAUACCGAUGAGAGUUCUUUAUAUAGCUCCAAUAAUAGUGAUAGCGACUACUCCCGUCGGCGUCGCCACAGACGCAGCAAAAAGGAACGAAAACGGCGACGGAGAGAAGAUGCGGAAGACAACCACAAAACAAAGAAAUCAAGGAUAGACACAAAAGAGAAAAGCCGGAAAGAGAGUUCAUCCUCAACUACAAGUAGCGCACAAACAGUAUCACUUGCUCUGCACAAUCUCUUGAUAGAAAAGCCAGAUUUUGGAUCCGAACUACCACUGAUUCUGAUUCGAUUGGCUGGAGGGACUACCUUCGAUUUAGGCCAGGUGACGGACCCGAGCAUCGCCACCGGAUUACGAUCCGUAUUUGAGGCGUUAGAAAUCUAUGGAGUGAAAAAGCAACAAAGUAGUGGCAUGUGGAUGUUUCAAAACCCGCCAUGUGCCACUCGACGAGACGAACUCGUUCUUCUCAAGGUGAUACGAUCACUCCUGGAUGAAAUCGGUUUGACUAUGGAGGAACUGGCAAAGUUUGAGAACAAGCAACGUGUUGAGAAAGAGGAACAAAAGCAAGCAGAUGAGACUCUGAAGCCCGAUGAGAGAAAGAAAAUGAAAGAAUUUACAUUGAAAAUAUUGGAGAAGUUUCUCCUGAAGGAUGCAACGCUAGGAUCACAAUUAGCCACCCUCUGUAUGACAAUUGUUGAAGGAGAGAGUGUUUCCGUUGACGGGAUACCAGACGAGAAUCUGAAAACAGCCCUCGAGUCCUUGUUCGAAAAAUGCGGUUUAGAAAAAUCGGAAAUUGAAGAAGAUGACGAGGAUGACGAUGACGAUGAUAGCGAUGAAUCUCCUUUGAUGGGGUAUGGACUUCCUGACUCAAGUGAUACCGACAAUGAUAUUGUUCAAAUGAAAUUGGCUAUCAUGAUGUCGGCAUGCCGAGAAGGGCCACCUAAACGAAAAUCGAUUGGUCCAACACGAAGGCCGAUGACGGCAGAGGAGGAACAAGCAUUAAAAAAGAUGUACCCGGAAAACAAUAGAAAGGAGGAGGAGGACAACGACGAAGGUCCGUUGCUUCCUGGUGAGGUACGAAAAGCUCGGGGACCAGCUAUGUCACUAGAAAUGAUCAAAGCCCAGGCUGAGCAUAGAGAGUUACAGCUCAAAGCUACAGCAUCUGGAGUGCCAAUGCCAACCAAUGCUGGUGGACGGGAGGAAUGGAUGAUCAUUCCCGGUGAGCACGAUUUUCUGAGUGGGAUCAAAUCUGGACAGGCCAUCAAAAGCCGGGGAUUUCAAAAUAAAAAAUCCAGAGAUGCCGAUAAAAAGUCUCAACCAAUUCAUCCUGCUGUGCAGGCUGAGAUGGAUUCAAUCAUGCAAGCUCACCAAGAUGCAAGAGGGCCUAGCUUAAUGGAUCUACAUCGCUCGAAGAAAUCUCAAGAAAAAGAAUUGGCAUCUCGUGCGAACAAUGGCAAAAAGGAAUGGAAAUGGAAUCGUGACAAAGAUUUGGACGCUGGUCGUCGGGUUGACAAAGACGCUCUAGGUAUGAUUUUGGGAGGGGCAGCGGGCGAUCUCAAAUCAAAAUUCGCGGGUGGAUUCAAUCGGUAGAAUUUAUACCGUGAAAACCU